GGCAGGAGAUGAGGGGUGUCGAUGUAGUGUGAGACCACUCGGGGGGGAGAGGGUGGCCAUGGAGAUGAGGGGCAGCCGUGGCUGCUUGUGAGGCCAGCAGAAAAUGACUGAUACCACCUCCCUCUGAGGAACAGGGCCCAGGCACCCCACCACCACCCACCAGCUCCUUUCCCCAGGGCAGCCAGUGCCCACUGGCCACGGGGGUGCUGCCCAUGGCCAGCCCUGCUCCUGUCCUCCCGCUGCACCUCCUGGCCUCUGCUGUGGCUGGUGGGGUGUGCAGUGCCCUCCUGGCCCCCAGUCCCGGCUGCUUUGAAACGCCUCGACUCGUGUGUUGUAGCAGCACGUCUCUGUGGAGCAAGCUGCCUCCUAACGUGCGUGAGACUGCCGGGCAAGGGAUUUCGUAGGCACCUGCCCUCAUCUGCAUAUACCCGGUGAGAUCGGUGAAGCUGCUCCGGUGGAACAGAAACCGUCGAGGUUUGUCUGCGGUCACGCAGUGGCGGGGACUGGAGCCGGGAUCAUGGGUGUCCGAGAUGGCGAGCGUGCUGUCCAGGCGUCUGGGGAAGCGCUCCCUGCUAGGCACCCGCGUCUCCACCCCUGGUGCCUUGGCCGAUGGGGUGCUGGUGGCCACCCAGAUCCCUGGCUUGCAGACCGACCUUGGCCGGGUGUCCGCCUGUGCGGCACCUCAAGAGGAUGGAUCCUGUGCACUGUUGGCGGAGGAUUGCAGCCAGACACCCAGGCUCCCCAGCCCCAGCUGCCAGCAGCUCUGCGCUGGGCAGCAAGUCCUCAUCACCUACAAUGGGCAGGAGUGCACCGGCUUUGUGGAACAGCACAACACGCUGAGCGACAAGAUGAAGGUGCUGAUGCCAGAGCAGGGCUUGCAGGCGUGCUGGAGGGUGCAGGAUGUGCCGCCGGCCGCGCUCCAGCCCCCUACCCUGCCUGCAGCUGGUGGUCCCACCCCUGCUGAGCUGCUGCAGAGAUCCGUGUCCAGCAACAUCGAUGUGCCCAAGAGGAAAGCUGAUGCUGCUGUGGAAAUGGAUGAGAUGGUGGCAGCCAUGGUGCUGACGAGCCUCUCCUGCAGCCCUGUGGUGCAGAGCCCUCCCGCCGGCGAGAGCGGCAUCCCCCCCUCACGGGCAGUGUGUGAUCCAUGGAAGGAGAGUGGCGAUGUCUCAGACAGCGGCAGCAGCACGACCAGUGGGCACUGGAGUGGGGGCAGCGAUAUCUCCACCCCUUCACCUCCCUACCCUGCUGGAAGCCCCAAGUACUCCAGCGAGAGCAUGAGCUCUCCCCAGGUGGAUGAUGGCUUUGAGACCGACUCUGACCCCUUUCUCCUCGAUGAACCUGCUCCACGCAAGAGAAAGAACUCGGUGAAGGUGAUGUACAAGUGCCUCUGGCCAAGCUGUGGCAAGGUCCUGCGCUCCAUUGUCGGCAUCAAGCGGCACGUCAAGACCCAGCACCUUGGGGACAGCGCAGACUCCGACCAGCGGAAGCGAGAGGAGGAUUUCUACUACACUGAAGUGCAGGUGAAGGAAGAGCCAGCACCAGAGGUGGCUGCCACCACCAGCCCUAUAUCCACAUCUGCCCCCAUCAUCAUCCAGCAAGCCCUGGCGAAGCCAGAGGCGCUGCUGGUGGAGCAGCCAGUGCUGGAGCCCGCCCUGGCCAGCAGUGCCCUAAGCCAGUCUGCCCCCAGCUCCUUCUGGCACAUCCAGGCGGAUCACGCCUACCAGGCAUUGCCCUCAAUCCAAAUUCCAGUGUCCCCCCACAUCUUCACCAGCAUCAGCUGGGCCACUGCCACCUCAACCCUUCCGUCCCUGUCACCGGUGCGGAGCCGGUCACUCAGCUUCAGUGAACCCCAGCCACCGACGCCAAUGCUCAAGUCCCACCUGAUCGUCGCCUCACCACCCAGGGUGUCCAUCGGCACCAGGAAAGUCCGCGGUGAAGCCAAAAAGUGCCGUAAGGUUUAUGGCAUCGAGCACCGGGACCAGUGGUGCACAGCCUGCCGGUGGAAAAAAGCCUGCCAGCGCUUUCUGGACUGAGCGCAGCACUGCCGUGCCGCGUCCCUCCCCUGCUCCUACCCGGGAGCACCGGAGUCCCUCACUGCUGCAACCAGGGACCUUGGAGGUACCUCCUGCAACCCCAGAAGAUGCCUCCAGAGCUGCGUGUAAAUUCCUCCUCCUGUAUAUUGUACAUCUGCUGGGUUUGCUCUGUUUUUAAAAAACCUUUUCCAACUUCUUUCUUUUUUUUUAAACCUGGAGAAUAUCUCCCUUUGUACGGUAAAAGCUGGGGCUGGGAGGGAAGGAAGCUGGUUCCUCAGGGUUCACAGGAGAUUGUAGGUGAUUUGGGGACCAAAGAGCUUCUUGCAUUUCCCAGAUCAGCCCUAAAAUCUCCCAAACUGCCACAGCAUGGCUGGGGUGAGGCGUCAAGGCAGCUUCCCAUGUCCUUUGACUACCUAUGAAAGUGCAAAUCCCUUGUACCCUUUAAGGGAGGGGGUCUGUAACAAUUCUAGCUUUAAGAAAGAAAAUGCCAUUGGGUUGCUGCAAACCAGGCGGGAGCCGUUCUCGGGACAGGGUUGGAGGGUUCUCUCCCCCUGUGCAUGUAGUCUUUGCUCAGGUCACAUCACACCGGUGGCUUGAGCCUGCACAUGCCUCCAGUCAGUUCCACCGUGUCGUUUUUGGAGAUGUCUUGGGAGGGGGGAAACAUCCAAAACACUUUAAUCGGGAAAACUAUGAGAAUUUUUAAGGCAAAACCUACAUUUUAGGCUUUGUAAGUCUGCUUAGCUCCAUGACAAAACCAGGUUGUGGUGCUCGCGGUGUCUUUCAAAAUGAGGCUGAGCAAUUUUACUCUUUUGUAAAUUAAUGAUUCCACCAGUAAAGGCAGCUGGGAGGCCUGGGAAGGCCAAAUACUUCAAUAUUGGUUUUUGAAUCCCAUCGAGCCUGGUGGCAGUCAGUUUUCUGACUUCCAUCCUUUAAAAUCUAUAUUUACCCAGUUGAAAUUGCUGGUGCUUUCCUGUUACUGUCUCUGCUGUCUCUGCUCCACCAGCAGCACUGGCAGGGCAUUGUGCUUGGUGUCAGACUAGGAUGCAUGUGGCCCCGGAGCCAGAUUCCCUGCCGCUGAUUUUCUCCCCUCGCUGGGGCAGGCAGCUCUUUGCAUUUGUAGUACUUUUUUGCUGCGUUUUUGAUAAUCACAGUCUAUAACCUGCAGCCAUCGAGCCGAGAGCGGUCCCCGCACUCAGCUUGAGCCGGGGGUGGUUUUAAGGACUGCGCCACAACCCAGCUUUUCUUAUAGAAGCAAAUCAAGUGGCUGAGAGAGUCUGGUAUUGCUCCCAGAUCGCCAUGAACCCUGCUGCUGUAGGGAUCAGGUGGGCAGGCGAGGCGGGUUGAGAUCCAUUUAUACGUAUUCCUGGUGCUUGUCAAUGUGUUUGGGUAGUUUGUGUUCGUUUCUACUUCUGUACAUGUAAACAGUGUAUUAUCCUGCAGCCUGAUCUCUCUGGUAUCCAACUGGCCAAUGCAAAAUUUGGCCACUGGAAAGCCAGAGGGAAACACCCCAGGCAGGGAGUGACCCCGCGGGGUUUCAUCCCUGGGUGUAUCUGGGCACACUGGCUCAAAUCCCAGGAAGAGAAGCGGUUUGGCUCCUUUGGCCGCUUGUUCAGGCUCCCAUUCCUGCUGGAGUGCAGUGUUAGGAGUGAAAUGUCAGGAAAAGCCAUUCCCACUUCUGUCAGCAUGUGUGCCGAGCCUUUCAGGAAGGGCGCUGGAAUGUUGGGGCACAGGGUUUUGGUGAUGCCGGUGGCUCUGGAGAAGCGAGCCGGUGCUUUGGGAAGUGCACGCAGCGCCUCGCUGUGUUACUAUUUUUCAAAUAUUUUUAAAAAUUGGACUUGAAGCAGCGGAAGAAAAGAAAAAAAGGUGGAUUUGUGCAUUCCUCAGGCCACCUUUGCCUCCACAACACAGAGACCAGACAGGACUGGAGAUUCUAUUCCUUGCUUUUUAUGCCCUUUCCACCCCAAAUGAGAUGGGACAGAGCCAGAUCUCUGGUGGCACUGGCCAAGCAUGGCUCAGCUCCCGCUGCUCCCAGCUCAGUCACUCUGGGAAUCAUGAAACCAAGCCAUCAGGGUGCAGCACCACCUCUUCCCGCCGCACACAGCACUUACUGCCCAGCAGCGGUGCUGACCUGGCAUCGGAGCAGUUCAGCUUGGUGCCGUUCUAUCAGGGGUGCAGGUACAGCUGCUUUUCCGAGGGCUGCUGCGGUACGGACAGAGCUGAGCAGGGUUGUCCCUAAUGCUCAUGGCGCUUUUCAGUUGGGUUUUUAUUUUUAAUGGAGAAACUGGUGCAGGGUGGGUUGAUUUUAGUUUUUUUUCCUUCUGGUUUGGGAGUAUUUUGGAAUUUUUACACUUUAAAGCAGAAAAACCUUCUCGUAUUUUUGCAGAAAUGACAGCAGGCUUCCACCGGGAUGGUUAGCAUUGGAUAGAUAUUUUUAUAAAUAUUUUUUCCUCUUUAUUAUUUCCCUUUCCUUUUAUUUUUUAACUCGCUUCCAGCCACCUCCCAACUGUUGGACUUUUCCUCCCGACACUUGAGUCUCGCUGGUCUCAAGAAAACUCCUCUUCAGCCCCAGCCGUGACACAUAAAUCCCGUGUGGAGAGUUUUCCCUCAUCCCUGUGACCGUCUCCCAGCGCAUGUAUAUGUAUGUACAUAGGAACCUCUUAAUUGGGCACUAAUUAGAGGCUGCUCCCCCUUCUCUGCCAGGACACAUGGCUGGUGGGGGUAGCUGGACCCCGACUGGCAAAGUGAGUGUGUUCAGUGCAGGGUGACACCACGUUGUGACCGCUGCCAUCAGUGGGGACUGCAGGGUGCUGUCACAGGGGAACUUGGCCUUGUGGCCGUGCCACCGGCCAAGCGGGGACGAUGCUGGGUCGAGUGAAUUUUCUGUCGUCUUGGAGCUUUUUUAGCUGUCUUCCGAGUAUUAUUUUUAUUGUAAAAAAAAAAAAAAACAACCCCAAAAAAAAACCCCACAAAAGAGAAAAGAGGGGAAAAAAAAGUUAAAAAAAUAAGAAUGUGAAAUGUAAUUUUUACAGCAGCAAUAUGAAAUAUAUUUUAUAAGAAAUAAAAAGAAAAGUUGCCUGAUGCCUCGCUGGCUCUGCCUUGUCUUUGCAGCCCCAGUGUCACUCCCAGUGUCCGGGGGUGCUCCCGUGUCCCCCCCAUACGGCGGUGGCAGCACUACCACGGCUGCUCAGCCUCAGCCGGAGAAUUCUUGUGGCACAAGCCUUCGUGGCACCACUAGAUAGCAGUGUCUGCCCGCUCCUCCUGCGGCAGCAGGUGCUGCGCAUCCUUCUUUUGUUGUGCUUUUUCCCCCAAAUAGACCAAAUCCAGCAAGUUUUGAACCCGAUAUGUGCUAGACCCGUGUGGUUUAUGCGCAGGGGGGGCUCAGCGGAGUCUUGGGGCCUCCCGACGUUGAGCUAAGUUGCUUUUUGAUGCAAAACCCCUUUGAUAACUUGAUUUUAUCGGGGUUUUUUAAUGCGUGUGGAGGUGAAAGAGGAACGGGAAAAGGGGAAAUAAAGUAGAGAGAGGAAGGGGCUGGGGACUGUGGCGAUGUCGCUCCUCUCUCCACAUCUGGGGGCUUCUGAGAGCAGAACCUGUCUGAUUUCCAGUUGGGCCAGGGAUGCUGGGGGCUCUGGGUGCUGGUGCCCUCAUUAUCCCUAUGGAAAAGGGUUGUGGGUGGGAUGGAGCCAGGCAGGAAUUCCCUUUCUAAAACCCUAAAAUCACUCCCAAUAACUCCCCAAUCCAUCCCAUUUUUGGUUAAGGGGCGUGUGUGUGACACCACCACCCUCUAAGUGCCGAUUCCACCAUCCUGUUCCGCAAAUAACACAAACGUACCAAAAUCUCCCUUUUUUUUUCCCCUCUAAACCUAAAUUAUUCCGCAGCAGAGCAGGGUGAUGCAGCAGAGCAGGGUGAUCCAACAUCCCCCAUGGCUGGGAGGGGGGGGGGGGCACAGCAGGGACCUGCUCCACAGGCAUUGACGGUCGCCAGUCGCAAUAAUAUCGUAGAAACAGUAAACUAAUUUAUUAAUCCUUUUGCUAUGUACAAGUUUAAUGGAGAAAUCUUUGUAUGAAACAAUUAAAAAGAACAAGAUCUUGGGA